GACCUGCUCCUGUUUCGCAGCGCAGAUGGCAUCACCGGGCUCCGGCUUUUGGUCCUUCGGGUCUGAAGAUGGCUCUGGGGAUCCAGAGAACCCCGGCACAGCGAGAGCCUGGUGCCAGGUGGCCCAGAAGUUCACGGGCGGCAUUGGCAACAAGCUGUGCGCUCUGCUCUAUGGCGACGCCGAGAAGCCGGCGGAGAGCGUUGGCAGCGAGCCCCCGCGGGCCGCCGCUGGGAAGCCCGUCUGCGCCUGUGACCAGAAACCCUGCAGCUGCCCCAAGGCCGAGGUCAACUACACGCUGCUGCACGCAACAGAUCUGCUGCCGGCGUGCGGUGGGGAAAGGCCCACUCUGGCGUUUCUGCAAGAUGUUAUGGACAUUUUGCUCCAGUAUGUGGUGAAAAAUUUCGAUAGAUCAACCAAAGUGAUUGAUUUCCACUACCCUAAUGAGCUUCUUCAAGAGUAUAAUUGGGAAUUAGCAGACCAACCGCAAAAUUUGGAAGACAUUUUGAUGAACUGCCGAACCACUCUAAAAUAUGCCAUUAAAACAGGGCAUCCCAGAUACUUUAAUCAACUUUCCACUGGACUGGAUAUGGUUGGAUUAGCAGCCGACUGGCUGACAUCAACAGCAAACACUAACAUGUUCACCUAUGAAAUUGCUCCGGUAUUUGUGCUUUUGGAAUACGUCACGCUAAAGAAAAUGAGAGAGAUCAUUGGCUGGCCUGGGGGUUCUGGCGACGGGAUAUUUUCUCCUGGUGGCGCCAUCUCGAACAUGUACGCCAUGCUGGUCGCUCGCUUCAAGAUGUUCCCAGAAGUCAAGGAGAAAGGAAUGGCCGCUGUUCCCAGGCUCAUUGCCUUCACAUCUGAACACAGCCACUUUUCGCUCAAGAAAGGAGCUGCCGCCUUGGGGAUCGGAACGGACAGCGUGAUCCUGAUUAAAUGCGACGAGAGAGGGAAAAUGAUUCCAUCUGAUCUUGAAAGAAGGAUUCUUGAAGCCAAACAAAAGGGAUUUGUUCCCUUCCUUGUGAGUGCCACUGCUGGAACCACCGUGUAUGGAGCAUUUGACCCCCUCUUAGCUGUGGCUGACAUCUGCAAAAAAUAUAAGAUCUGGAUGCAUGUGGACGCAGCUUGGGGCGGAGGUUUACUGGUAUCUCGGAAACACAAGUGGAAACUGAAUGGCGUGGAAAGAGCCAACUCGGUGACAUGGAAUCCACACAAGAUGAUGGGCGUCCCUUUGCAGUGCUCCGCUCUCCUGGUUAGAGAAAAGGGACUGAUGCAGAGCUGCAACCAGAUGCACGCCUCCUACCUCUUCCAGCAAGACAAGCACUAUGACCUGUCCUAUGACACCGGAGACAAGGCCUUGCAGUGCGGGCGCCAUGUGGACGUUUUUAAGCUGUGGCUAAUGUGGAGGGCAAAGGGGACUACUGGGUUUGAAGCACAGAUUGACAAGUGCUUAGAGCUGGCAGAGUACUUAUACAAUAUCAUAAAAAACCGAGAAGGAUACGAAAUGGUGUUUGAUGGAAAGCCUCAGCACACCAACGUCUGCUUCUGGUAUGUCCCUCCAAGUCUGCGCGCCCUGGAAGACAAGGAGGAAAGAGUGAGUCGCCUCUCCAAGGUGGCUCCGGUGAUAAAAGCCAGAAUGAUGGAGUACGGGACCACAAUGGUCAGCUACCAGCCCUUAGGGGACAAAGUCAACUUCUUCCGCAUGGUGAUCUCAAACCCCGCAGCGACUCAUCAAGACAUUGACUUCCUGAUUGAAGAAAUAGAACGCCUUGGACAAGAUUUAUAAUAACAUACACUCACUAAGCUGUUUUAAUUCUCUAGGUAGACAAUUAAGUUGUCACAAACUGUGUGAAUGUAUUUGUAGUUUGUUCCAGAGUAAAUCUAUUUCUAUAUUGUGGUGUCAAAGUAGAGUUUAAAAAUCAAAAAACAUUGCUCCUUUAAAAAAUCCUUUCUUAAGUGUAGAAUCCCUCUCUAGUACUUAGUGACAAAAGGCUGUGUGUGUUCUGAUCAUUUAGGGAAAGCUUCACAUUGUUACAGAUACGUCCCUUACUUUGAGUGUAGUGUGCAAAUCAAACUUUAUUUUCACAUCCAAGUAGGAUUGAAUGGUAUCAAAUUAUCCCCUGAAUCAUAAGUGGUUCUUUGGGGGGGGGGGGGGUACAGUGAAAAGGAUAAAGUAAAUAUAAAAUGUAUAUUGACAAAUAAGAACUCUUGCCUUUUUCAUAGUAUUAGAAAAAAAUUCUAAUUUACCUAUAGCAACAUUUCAAGUGUAUUUAAAUACAUAUAAUUUUACAAGCGGAAAAUAUAUAUAUUAAAAAAGAAAUCCUAUUUUGUAACAUAUAGAUUUUUAUUUUAUAUGGGUUAUACAAACUGCAGGGGCAGAUAUAAAAACUAAGCCAGAUUUUAUUUUAUUUUUGUUUAAUGGAAGCACGAUAAAACAGUUAUUUUGAAACAUAGAUAGGCCCACAAAAUUAUGAAAAGAUGUGAAGCCUUCUUUCUGUGCAUGUUAUGAGUUAUCACACCUCCUACGGGGGUAUCUCAAAAGACACACACAAGAAUACGAGAAGCUCUCAAAAUGGUUGGUCAGUUCAGUUAUAAUCAGUAAUAAGAUUCUCUUCCCAUUGAAACUGUCCACCCUGUGGACUCUUAGCAGACCUACCAGUAAGUGUAACACGCAAAAGUACCUCUUAGAUUACAUUAGGGUGAGCGUCUCUGGUCUGCUUUCCAACCUGUCCUCUUUUCAACAGAAAGUUGAUGCUGACUCUUGAUUCAUCUUCCUAAACAAUAUUCUUUUUAUUAGGUAAUGAAAUCUAAUCAGCCAGAGUAAAGAGAAAAGAAGCAGGCUACGGGAAUGUGGGGAGCCCAGAAAAUUAAACUUGACCUCAGGAGGCAGGACCCCUGUUUGAGAAUGACAUCAUUCCCUCCCCUCCCCAUUCUGACCCCAAAAAGUCUCUCCUGCCUGGCUCCCUAUGGCUGGGGAUACAAAUAAUGAACUGCGAUUCCAUGGGUGUGUUUUCCUCCCGUGAAAUGAGCUCCUUUGGCUUGGCAAAUCAUCUUAAGACCGUCUUUUUAUCUGUUACCCUUUAAGAUCCAAAGUGACCAGAAUCUGCAGAGAUAACCAGAUCCUUAGAACUCAAAAUAACAUUGAAAAGUCUCCUCCCUCACCACCCCCACCCACACUGGCAACGUCGGCAGUGAGACAUUAGCUAGCAAAGCACAUCAACUGCCCUCAGAUCCGUUCUGGCUCAUAGAGCCCUUCUAGGGCAAAGUAGAACUAAACCUUUAUGGGAGCAGACAGCCCCAUCUUUAUCAGA